AUGGCCCCGGAGCUUUUCGCCAGAGCUCUUGCGUUUAACGACACAAAGGAGAAAGCGGGCAGCAAGAGAUCGGAUUCAUUGGAUAAGAAGUCGCGCAUCUCAACGGAGAAAGCACUGCCACCUCGCCCGACACCUCAUCCGCUGAUGUCAAAUCCUCUUCCACCUCCGCCCACGGAACCGAAGCGAUAUGCCGUCAACGUCAACAUCAACAAGAGCAUGAUUUUCGACGAUGAGAUGAUCAACGCUGUCAGUUCACUUCGAGGUAACGAUACUCCCCGCAGUAGUGGUACGCCUCGUGAUCGUAAGCCGCAAUAUAAGUUCGAGGAAUACAUCCCUCCUACUGCGAAACCUCCGCCAGUCAUCAUCUCGCAGCCAACGCCGACCACGGAGAAGCGAAACUCCGAGUAUGAAUUGAGCCAGUUUCCGAACCGAAGGAACUCUGCGGAUACCGUCUCGAUAGCCGACGACAACAGCUCAAAGGGGUGUGAUUCAGAACCCCCAUCUCCCAUUGUCGAGACUCUUUCUAGACUGGAGAGCAAGGCCCCGCAACUACCAUUGCCUGACCUGCCGCCUCCAAGUCCAAGCUUCAGCUUCCGUUCCUACGACUGGUACCAAGACAUCAUAGGCGAUCAGCCAAAUGGCGAGCCGGCGACACCAACGCUGCCUUCGCGUAACCCUGCACGUACACCAACACAAUCCACAUUCCCUAAACCACUAUCUCUUUCUCCAAAGAAGACCAAGCCCGCCGACCUGGCCAAUCUGGACUCGAGUCUUAUUCCAGCACCACUUUCACCUGCUGCACCUCCUGCUGCUUCAGGUUUGCUUUUGCACCCAAGCUCAGCGGCCUUACCCAGUCCCACGAGCCCCAAUUUUCGUUUAUCACCAACUGUUUAUACACCGCCGUCGCGACAAUCACCACCUAUACCACCAACAGCACCGCUUCGAAGCUCAGCACGGGCCUCUACACAGAGCACCAUGACCCGUGCUACGCACGAUUCCCGAAGCUGGCUACCAGAUGAUGGACUCUAUCUUGCUGAAGAGGGCGACGAGUAUGCCGAAUACAAAACUUACCAUCGGCCCAGCGAGGACAGCAGACCGACAAGCUACUCGCCUUUAACUUGA